UAGAUAUACUAUGUCUAUGGUUAUGGCCAAGACAGUCACGUGGUCUACUGCAUGUAAAGUCGAGUCAGGUUAGGUUAGGAAAAAUCACUCCGUGCAUAGCUAUUCCGAAUAGUCCGAAUUAUAAAUAUAUAGAAAAUAUAUUACAAUGCCGAAAAAUAAGAAAACACGUAAAGUUGUGAUGCAGAGAUUUGCUCAGAUGAAGAAGAUGAUUAGUCUGAGUGAUUCACGAAUAAAACCAGAAAAACGGCUGCCAUCCAAGAAAACUCCAAAAGAAGAUCAGACUAAAAUAAAAAUUACAGAAACGCCAAAACAAUCCUCAGCAUUAUUUUUUCAAUAUAACACACAACUUGGACCACCAUAUCAUAUUUUAGUUGAUACAAACUUUAUUAACUUUUCUAUUAAAAAUAAAUUGGAUAUUGUACAAAAUAUGAUGGAAUGUCUCUACGCAAAGUGUACACCAUAUAUAACAGAUUGUGUGAUGGGUGAGUUGGAGAAGCUUGGGCAGAAGUAUAAAUUGGCAUUGAGAAUCAUCAAAGAUCCACGAUUUGAAAGGUUAAAAUGUAUGCAUAAAGGAACCUAUGCAGAUGACUGUCUCGUGAACAGAGUGACGCAACACAAGUGUUAUAUUGUUGCGACCAAUGAUAAAGACUUAAAAAAAAGGAUACGGAAGAUACCAGGUGUGCCAAUAAUGUAUGUAUCUCAACACAGGUACACGAUAGAACGGAUGCCAGACGCCUAUGGCGCGCCUAAGAAGUGAACUUAGUUUAUUAAGAGAGGCGAUCUCCUUUUUUUAUAUAAUAACUUUAUCUUUUAUUGCAUUAAAGACAACAAGUUGUAUAUUUUGUUAAUAAAACUUACAUGAAACUAAAACUUUCAUCGUUGAGAGAAACUGUAUAAAAUAAUUUUUGUUUGUCUUGUUUAUAUGUUUAUAUAGAUAUUGUCAUUCUGAAAAUGUUUGUCCUAUAAAAAAAUAAAAAAAAUAAACAUUCUCAAAUAAAAAAUUUUACCUU